GCCAAUCAGCGCCGCCGGGGGGAGGGACCGCGGUGACGUCACAGCGGCGCGGGAAAGCCCCGGCCGGUGUUUACCUUUGAAUCCCCCCGGGCAGGAGAUGGAGUUCCUGACGGGCUACCGGGCGGAGCUGCUGGAGCUGGUCUCGCUGGUGCUGGGCUGGCGCUGGGGGGCCGGGGGGACCCCCCCGAGGCCGGGGGCACUGCGGCAGCUGCCCCCCGAGCCGGGGCCCUGGGUGCUGCACGCACUGCCCAACGCCCGCCUGGGGGUGGCCCUGCCCGCGGGGGGGGGGCCGGCGGGGGGGGGGGGCCCUCUGGGGACCCCCGGGGACCCCUCUGCGGAGACACGGCCCCUGGAGGAGGAGGAGGAGGAGGAGGAGCAGGAGCAGGGUGGCAGCAGAGGAGGCCGCCCGGGACGGACGCCCGCGGGGCCCCCCUGGGCUUCGACUUCGAGCUGGGGUCCCCCCGCGCCCCCCCCGCGCCCCCCCCCGGCCCGCCGGGCCCUGGCCCUGCUCUGCCGCGCCAUGGGGUGCCCCAUGGCCGGGGGCCCCCCCCGCCGCCCUUGCCAGCUCGCCGUGGGGGAUGCCGGCCUGCACACUGCCCUGCAGCCGGCUGCCGCACGCCUGGGGGUGACGCUGGUGGGGACCCACCUGCGGGGCUGGGGGCCCCCCCCCACCCUCGGCCCCCCCGCGCUGCGCUCCCGCCUCUGCCACGCUUGCGGGGGGCUCGCCAGGACCCCGCUGCCAUGCCCGCAGUGCCGGGCCGUGCUGUACUGCUCCGAGGGGUGCCGGGCGGCCGAGGCUCUCGGGGUGCACCGGGGCUGGUGCCGCCAGCUCAGGGGGUUCAUGGGGCGCACAGCCGCCCUGGCGCAGCUGCCCUUCACCUUCACCGCAGAGGUGACGAGCGAGACCUUCGACAAGGAGCGGUUCCUGGGGGCACGGGGGCUCACCCGGGGGGGCUGGGCCCACCUCAGCAUGCUGGUGCGGGCCCCCGACUACGGCGUGGGGCUGGGGGGGGACUGCCACCCCCUCGGGACCCCCCACGACCUCCCCUUUGAGGGGCUGCAGCCGGCCGGGGAGGUGUCGCUGCCCCCCGCCCCCUCCGAGCCCCCCCCGCCCAACAGCUUCUUCAGCUCCUGGCAGCAGUACUACGCCUGGCGGGGGCUGCCCCUCAGCUCCCCCCUGGCCGCGCUGCUCUCCUACCCCCUGAGCCUCUACUACAUUGUCACCAGCCUUGUGCCCCAGCACUUCCCGGAGCUGAACAUCCUGAGGAAGCGCUCGCUGCGGGUCCAGGUGGAGGAGAGCGGCCGGGAGCUGCAGCUGGUCGGGCUCUUCUGGGAGCUGUCGGUGCUGCUGCCCCAUGUCUCCCUGGAGCUGCUGUUCCUGGGGGGCUCCGUGCCCCCACCCAUGGAUGGGCGGCGAUUCCUGCUGCACCGCACGGAGGUGCAGGAGCUGCUCCCAGGGACCCCCCCAAAGGUGGGGGGGCCCCGGGGGGUGCAGGUGGCGUUCAGCACCCGCCCUGGCCCCCGCCCCGACCUCGUCAUUGGGUUCAACCCCGGCUUCGCCCUGAAGGAGUCAUGGCUCAGCACCCUCCCCCGCCUGCAGGCGCAGCGGGUGCCGGCGUACUUCGCGGAGGGGGGGGAGUACGGCUGCACGGUGGCCAGGGCGGCCGUGGGGGCGGCCACGGGGGGGGGCACCGGCCCCCCCCUCCUCAACCCCUUCCGCUGCCCCUUCCGCCAGCCCGGCCUGGACAACGCCCUGCCCUGGUACGCCAACGCCUUCAUCUUCCAGCUGCUCUACAAGGGGGGGGGCGGGGGGGGGCCCGUCCCCCCCCGGCAGCGGCUGCCCCUCCCCGCUCGCCCCCCGCCAGCCCCCCCCGCGAGCGCCGCCGCGACAAGCGCCCCCCCCCGCCGCCGCCGCUGA